AUGAAACCAACGAAAACUUUCAAUGAUCUUCCCGAUGAUAUGCUUUUCCACAUUUUACAAUUUUUUUCAACUUCAUUCAUUCUUAACUCAUGCAUGCGUGUAUCCAAACGAUUCCUUCAUGUAUCUCGAAAUAUUAAAUUUCAUAUUGAUUUAUCAUCAUCAUCGGAUCAAAAAAUUUACAAUUUUGGAAGAUGUGACAAUAUUCGACACAUUUCCACAUUGGAUUUAGCACACAAUCGACUCUCUUUCGAAAUAUUCCAACAAAUAUUUCAUCAUUCGAAAAGUAAAUUAACAUGUCUUCUCUCAUUGGAUCUCUCAAGCAAUUUUGCUUCCGCAAAUAUCGACCUGUCCAUUCCACUUCUAUCAAAAUGUGAAUCUUUACAAAAUUUAACUUUCUUAAAUGUAUCAUUUGGUAUGAAUGCACAUGGAGUGAAAGAAUGGUUCAAAAAUAGUUCAAUCAAUACUUUGAAAAUUCUAAAAGCUGCCGGAUGUGGCAUUGGAGAUUCCACAUGUGAUGAAAGUGCUUUAUCAGCGUUGGCAGAGAGUGAAGUGAUUAAAAAUUUGGAAUGGUUGGAUUUAUCUGGAAAUCAAAUCAAUGAUCAUGGAAUGCAAAUACUAUUCCAACGUUUGAAUGGAAAUGUGUCAAAAUGGACUCGCCUUAAUUUGGCUUGGAAUGUCUUUGGUUUUACAGGAAUGAAUUAUUUAACAAGCUCAACAGUGAUUCCUAAUUUGAAUGCAUUAACCAUUUCACACAAUCUCAACAUUCGUGAUGAUGCAAUUCUUUUACUCUGUACAAGUGAAUCCAUGAAACAUUUAACUCAUCUCGAUCUUGAGGCAAAUUCAAUAGGAAAUGAAUCUAUGAGAGUUCUCACUUCCACGCGUUCAUGUAUUACCAAUUUAACACAUCUCAAUAUCAGCAAAUCGAAAGUGACCGAUGAAGGAUUGAAACUUGUGGCACAUAGCCCAAAAAUGUCCAAACUGACCUCAUUAGUGAGCGUGAACAAUAGCAUUGGAGAUGAGACAGCCCUCUCGAUUGCAUCGAGUUCAUUUAUGUCUCAAUUGAAACAUCUCAAUCUUUCUCGAUGUCGUUUGACAGCGUUGGGAGUCCAUGCACUGAUCGGGAGUGAAAUUCCAAGACACCACUUACGAACUUUGAAUGUGUGGCAGAAUCCAUUGAGUGAGAAAGAGAAGGCGAGUCUCAUCCUAAAGAGUAAGGAGAAUGGGUUUGAGUGGGAUCUUGUGAUUUAA